AUAGUUUUAAUGGACACAGAAUGCAAUUAAAUUAUUUCUAGACACAAUAGAUAUAUUUUACGAUAAUGUACAAUUACCAUAAUAAUACACACAAGUUGGCCUUGAUGCCUCAUCAAAAGGUUAAGGUCGAUGUAAAUAGGAGGAUCGUGAUUCAUUCAUGCUGGAUAUCGAUUGCAGCCCGUCGCGUGCCCGCAGCGCCCUAUGACUCUUCCCCAUAAUGUCGUAAUGUGUACGCCCUAAGGACAAAUCUUAACGCGAUGCACCUAUAAGUGUUUCGCUUUCGUGUGAGUCAGAGAGCAGUAGACACGUCUGCACGUCAGAAUAUUGCAUGCGCGCAUACGAACGUGCGCGACUGAAAAAUUUAGAUGUUAUAAUCAUAAAGACGGAACAAUAACGUCAUUUAUUCCAAAAGAGUUGGCAGAACAUUCCAAAGCGUAUCCAGAAACAGAUGCAACGUGAGAAGAAUGCAUGUGCAUUCAGCGAUAUCGUGGGUUAGCGAGAAAGAAAAAUAGAAUGCAAUGUAAUGUUUGAGAAUAAGAGAUUUCGAUGUUUCGUGUAAUAUGUAUACAUACAUAAAAUACAUUUACAGAAUAAGAAUAAGAAGCCGAAUAGGCGAAUCAGGUUCCAAAAUAUAAUUAUUAUUCUUGAACUUUAUUUGGGAUCUUAAUCAAGAAAACUUUAAAUGUUUUAAUAUUUGAAGAGAACUAUAUAAUAAUUGAUAUUUAUAAUAUGUGAAAAUAUAAUAUUUGAUAUAUAAUAUGAUAUUUGAAAAGAAUACUAAUAUAAGAUUCUCUUUUAGGUUUACUUGAAAUGGUAUUCUUAGUCCGAGUUAAAAAAGUAUGGAUAAAUUAUGUUUUAUGUUUUUAAUAAAAAUAUUCAAAUAUGUGUGUGUUCUCUUAAUAUUUAAAAACAAUAUAUCUCAGAGCGAGAAUCUCAUACUCUAGUUUUGUUUGAAGUGAAACUCUUAAAACAGAGAAAACAGAACAGACAAAUCAUAGCUGAUAUUUCUAAAUAUAACCGAAGAAUAUUUUAAUGCUCUCUUAUUUAAAGAUAAACAAACGUCUCCUUUUUCAGAGACGAUGAUAAAAUUGCCUUUCACUUUAGAUAAGUUUCCUUCCGAAAUGACGUUCUUAAUUUGGAUCGGUGAAAAUCACAAGUGCAUAAAAAAUUACAGCAACCACAUAAUUCGUCAUCUCUUUUCUGGCUUGACGAAUAAUCAUUAUACGAUCGCGUCGAGGAGAAAGGAAAGCACCGCGCGAUCGAGGUAGAUCACAGCUGUCGAGCACUACGCACGAUCAUCGCAUCACGUUAGAUACGUGACAGUAAAAUGAUUUGAGAUGUGAUUCGUUUCAGUGACAUUUCAUUCACGACGCAAUUACUGGAGAAAUUCACAGGAUCGCGUUGGACAGCACCGAUUUAGACUCAUUGAUACCGUUUGCCAUGACUUACAAUGCACGCGCAUCUUACGGAGAUUGAGAAUGAAGAUUGAUUACGAUCAACUAAUCGUGCUCGCUCGUGGAAUUGCCGCGGAAAGGCGGGACCGACUAUUUCGCGCCAGUGUACUCGUAACGCGCGAGUAUCAUCGCGAGUCCGCAAAUUACAGCGCCGCGAGGACGGCAGAAUCGCCGCGCCAAUUGACAGCAAUUGGCAGCAAUUAAGACGGCGAAACGAGAUGGUCGUGAUUUUGCGUCACGAUUCUAACGCAGAACGACGACGGCGUCUGCGAAGUUUGUCUUGAAGUUUCGAGCAACUCGCGACGUCCGCGACGCGAUCUUGAAACUUUCUCGUAACGGUACAUGUAUAUAAAUAUGUUGACGUUUGAUGCGUGUAUAUGUCUGAAAGAUCCUUGAUGAGGAUGAGGAAUAGACAUUAUUAUUGUAUGAACGAGGAUAUUCUUUCAGAUGGAAAGUUGGUAACAAUGAUUUCUUAUCACUGUUAAAUUGUGCUAAUUAUGUGAAAUUUUUAAUCGCCCACGUUUAUGAUAUUUAAUAAGAACACAUUAUUGUUGAUAAUAACUUAUAAUAAACUGGGAUCUUGUAUCAAUUAUUUCCAUUACUAAUAUCACUACUAAUCAUUACUAAUACAUGGAAUCGUGCAUCGCCCACAUUUCCAUAGAAUCGUUAUUAUAAAAAUUCUCUCGAUUUUUUAAAUUUAAAUUUUUCUUGAAGAAUUUUAAGAAUUUUUAUCUACAAAGAGUAUAAAAGAGUAUUUUGGCGAUUUUAGUAAGCAUAUUUUUCAAUCGAGUAAAUUAACUUGCCAGCAAUAUCUCGUGUUCAAAUCUUGUGGUUGAAUGAAAUUUAAUAAGAGGACACUCGGACAUUUCUGUAACGAGCAUCAUCGCGUAAACCAGUUUAUACACUUUUUCUGUACACAAUGUGCAAUCGCGUACAGAACGGAGACGCUCAGCGGGCGGCACAUAUUUUAAUAAUGCGCUUUUGUUAUGACUUAAAAUUUAUCCGUAACUAGACGCCACAUAUCGCUCCCUUGAAUUGCACGUGCAUUGUGUCACAUUGUGAUGUAAAUCGACACGCGGAGUUAAAAGAGCGCAGGGUAAAAGCGUCGUCGUCGCGCGUUGUGUACAUGUCGGAUGUACAUCGGAAAUACAAUGCUAAUUCAAUGCUUCACCACACCCCGUGUUGUAACUUAGCUGCGACUACAAGCGCAUACAACGUACAGCGUCUUGUAAUUAGAAUUGUUUCACGGUUUAUUAAGAGAGAUUCAACGAUAGGCGCGCCACUACGUGCCAAGAAGUCAAUCGCUGCAAUUUCAAUAACGCAAUCGCAAAUUAGAACAUUCUUAGAAUAUUUUCUAAUCGUGCAUCAAAUAGCGUUUCUCGAAAUUCAGUCUGAAGGUUUUAUAAACGCUCGCAAAUUUUUUGUGAUCUUUUACUUUACAUUUAAUUUUAUUAUCAGGAUUAAUUGUGAUGUUUGAAUAAUAAAAAAAAUUUUAAUUUAAAAAAUGAUUAGAAGAUGUUAAUACUAUAAAAUUUAUAAUUAUAAAAUUGUUCCACAAAGUAGAAAACCGAAUAAAAAUUGAAGAAAAACAUAAAUUUCCUAUUCAAAAUAAAAAAUCAAAAGAGUUCUAUGCAACAAUAUGAGUGUUUGCUUGAACUAUAGUUAAAAUAUGAGAAUAAAUAUAUAAAUUUUCAUUCAAGAAAUGCAUCUGGGUUACAAAUGACACUAUAUUUGGGCUACAAAAAUAUAUAUGAAUUCCCUUCAAUCCUUGCUCCAAAAUAUCAUUCAAUAGGAAGCUACAAAUCAAACGAAUCCAGGAUAACAAAGGCGAAUCCCAAGGCCUUUGCAAACAUUAUUAACAGAAAUAUGAAUCUGCUGUAUUAAAUAUACAUCCAACCAGACUUCACAAGGUACAAAAAAAAAGAAAUAUAACCCAUCUCCGAAUAGGCAAUGGGGUGGGUGACGACAUGCAUUGUGGUGGGGGAUACUUGGACAGAUGUUUAGCCACAGUGCGAGGGUCUAGCCUCCCCCCUCUGCCGUGUCGGGAACUACCCUUCGUCGACGAUUACUGUGCACGAGCGCAGCAUCGGCAGUACCGACGACAAUGGUCCCGCUAUCGCUUCCGACCCUUCUGAGCCGGGCUCAAAAGACCACGUGACACGUGCUCAGGAAGCAGAGGCAAGCGCGAGUGCGCAUACGCAUGUAUACAAUACGUGCGUGACGCAGGCAAAAUUUCCUCGCUCGAGGACUUCGUUCCGUUUCGACUCGCCACGUGGGUCCGUGAAAUGGUCGAGAAAAAUCUGCGGAAACACGCGGAGCAUCAGUUGCGAUACUAGCAUCCGCAAACGAACGUCCGCAUCCGAACAUGUAAACGUUCUGACCAUUAAUCGCGAAUUGUUCGUCGAAAGUGAUCGUUCAGUUCCGCCGCGCCACGUUGAGCGAGUAAGAUGUGCAGUGAUAAGUGUGCUUGGGAUGGAAGAGUAAAUAUUAAAUAACUUUAACCAAAAGUCAAAUAACUCUUCAAUCCAGCUCGAGCACUAUUAAUCGUUUACGAAAAGUGUUUGGUCAAACUUUAGUGUGUUAAAAAGGAAAGUUGCACUGUGGAAAAGAAAGUGAUUUAAAACGCGCGAUCGCGUUUCUGACAAUCUGGAGCACAUGAUGUUCGGCGGCUCAAAAUCUGCAACUGGGGUUCGAGCAUGGUUUAAAGUGACACAUGGAGCAGGCGUAAAUCUGAUGUGUUGACGUAAUUAUAGCAAACGUGCAGUGCUAAGAGAAUUUCUCGCAUCGGGAUCUGGAUGCUGUCUGGCAAGAGGACGUUGCAUCUCCCCGCGAGUUCGUCGAAGGGCGACGUUUGAUGCAGGAUUCCAAGCUGUCCUGUAAAGAGUUCGCAGCCUCUCAAGGAAUUUGUCGGUCGCUGCCAGACUAUGCCGUCGCGAGUGAAGAAAUCGUUCUGCGGCUGCCUCCAGGAUGACGAGCCACCGGAAAUUACGUAUUGCGUCGUGGAGCACACGGGCACGCUCACGCUACAAGCGAUGACGCCGACCCUGCCGAUGCCGGCUGAGGAGGAGCUGAACAAGAUGUUUCUCGAGCUCGUCGACGAGCUGGACCUGACCCAGGCCAAUCGGCAGGCGGUUUUGGCACUUCCGGCGAACAAAAAGUGGCAGAUAUACUGCUCCAGGAAGGGUAACGGCACGCUGGACAACGGCGGCUUACGAACCACCGACCUGAGCGGCGAUCCUGAAGACUACAUUAACAGAUUGAAGACUAUAGCGAGCAGUCCUUUCCCGGAGGAAGGCGAGGAGGUGUCAAAUCAAAUGCGCCAGGCUGAAGCUCUAAAGACUGCCCUGAGGACGCAGCCGCACAGCUUCGUCCUGAGAUUUAUAGAGCUAAAUGGCCUGAACGCUUUAUUGCAAGUACUGGGAACGAUGGAUGCUGAAGCAGCUAAUAGCAAUCUCCACACCAGUGUCAUAGGAUGUCUCAAAGCUUUAAUGAACAAUUCGAAUGGCAGAGCGCAUGUGCUGGCACAUCCAACAGCGAUCAACACGAUAUCGCAGUCGCUGGCGACUGAGAAUAUAAAGACGAAGAUCUCCGUGCUGGAGAUCCUCGGCGCGGUAUGCCUGGUGCCAGGCGGCCACCGCAAGGUCCUCGAGGCCAUGUUGCACUUCCAGCAGUAUCAUUCCGAGAGAACGCGCUUCCAGUCUAUAAUCAACGACCUCGACAAGAAUUUCGGCAUCUACAAGGACAAUCUGUCGCUGAAGACGGCGAUCAUGUCGUUCAUCAACGCCGUACUCAACUACGGGCCCGGUCAGGUGACGCUGGAGUUCCGGCUGCACCUGAGAUACGAGCUGCUGAUGCUCGGUAUUCAGCCUAUCAUCGAGAAGCUGAGGAAGUAUGAGAACGAGACGCUCGACAGGCAUCUCGACUUCUUCGAGAUGGUGCGGAACGAGGAUGAGAAGGAGCUCGCCAGGAAGUUCGAGAAGGAGCACGUGGACACCAAGAGCGCCAGCGCUAUGUUCGAUCUUUUGCGACGAAAGCUCAGUCACACCGCCGCUUAUCCGCAUCUCCUCAGCCUGCUCGAGCAUUGCCUGUUGUUGCCGUUGGAUUAUGGCUCGCAUCCUCAGCACUGGCUACUGUUUGAUCGAAUCGUUCAGCAGAUAGUUCUGCAGUCGGAAAGUAACGAGACGGGAUUGAUGAGAAACCCCGAUGUGGCUCCGAUUGAGAUAAACGUGAAGGAGAUCGUCUAUCUUCUCGCGAAAGAGGAGGAACUGGUGGCGGCGAGAAAGAAGGCCGAGGAGCUGGAGCGCGAGAAUUCGGACAUGUCCACGAGACUAGCCAAGAAGGAGCAAGAGUUAGAUCUGAGAACUCAGGAGAAGGAGGAUAUGGAUGCGAGCUUAGCGAGGAUCAAGGAACGUCUCGAGAAAGAGACGUCAAUGCACAUAGAGACAAAACAGAGAAUCUCCGAGCUACAAGAUAAUCUCGAAACAUUAUCACGACAAAUUAACAACGAAAAAUCCGAAAGAAAGCGUCUAGAACAAUUGGUAGCCUCGGGCAGUUUGCCGGAUGAUGCGAAAGCUACCCUGAAAAUUGUGGAGGACGAAGUACUCGAAAAGGUCGAGACCAAACCUACUCCGCCACCACCGCCGCCCCCUCCGUUGGCACCUCCGCCACCUCCUUGUUUGAUGCCGGCUGCUCCUCCACCUAUGAAGGUGGAGAUAAUAAAGAACGUCCCACAGCCGAGCAAUCCAUUGAAGUCGUUCAACUGGUCCAAGAUACCCGAGCAGAAGUUGCAGGGUACCAUCUGGUCCGAGUUGGACGACACGAAGCUGUACAACGUGAUGGACCUCGAGUCCAUUGACAAAAUCUUCUGCGCCUAUCAGAAGAACGGUGUCUCCACGGAGGGUUCGAUAGAGGAUCUAAGGACACUGGGCAAGAACAAGAAGACGUCGGUGAUCGACUCGAGGAGAGCGCAGAACUGCACGAUAUUAUUGUCGAAAUUGAAAAUGUCCGACAACGAGAUCACGAGGACGAUACUGUCGAUGGAUCAGCAAAAUAUCUUGCACAUUGACAUGGUGGAGCAGCUGCUGAAGUACAUACCGUCGUCGGAGGAGGCUGCCUUGUUAGACAUGCAUCAGAAGGACUUGCAGAACAGGGCCGAUUGCUUCUUGUAUCAGAUAUCAAAAGUGCCGCAUUACGAGCAGAGAUUGCGCUCUCUGCAUUACAAGAAGAAGUUCGCGGCCAGCAUCGCGGAAUUAACGCCGCGGAUGCGAGCGGUUCUGGAAGCGAGCCGGCAAGUGGCCAGAUCGAGGAGGCUCAGGAAGCUUCUGGAGCUGGUCCUGGCAUUAGGAAACUACGUGAACCGCGGAAACGCGCGUGGCAACGCGUGCGGUUUCCGCCUGGCUUCCCUAAAUCGUCUAGUCGAUACGAAAUCUUCUUGCUCGAAGGGCACGACACUGCUGCAUUACCUCGUGCAGAUUCUCGAAGCCAGAUUCAGGGAGGUCUUAGAGAUCGAAGAGGACAUGCCGCACGUCAGAACGGCUGCCAGGGUCAGCAUGGCCGAUUUGCAGAAGGAAGUAGCCAACUUGAAGAACGGGCUACAGGAUGUUCAGAGGGAGAUAGAGUUUCAUCGAGGUCAAGCUCAAGUACUUCAGGGUGAUAUGUUCUUACCGGCGAUGAGGGACUUCCAGGCGCAGGCCACAUGUAGAUUAGCAGAGGCGGAGGACUUAUUCCAAGACAUGAAGACGAGGUUUGACCGAGCAGUGAGACUAUUUGGCGAGGAUUCAGCGGGCGUGCAACCGGACGAGUUCUUCGGCAUUUUCGAGAAUUUCCUGCAAGCCUUAGCUGAAGCGAGACAAGACGUUGAAAAUAUGAGAAAGAAAGUCGAAGAAGAGGAGCGUAGAGCAAAGCAGGAACAGGAACUCCGAAAGAGAACGAUAGAAAGGAAGAAUUCACGGGAGGGCAUACUGAACAGCAUAUCAUUGAGCAAGAAAAAUGAAGCGAACAGUAACGGGCAAAGUGACAACAAGGGCGAAUUCGACGAUCUGAUAUCCGCUCUCCGAACUGGCGACGUGUUUGGCGAAGACAUCGCCAAGUUCAAGAGGUCGAAACGGCGACCCGUCACACCCAGCGGUCAGGAAUCGCGCAGACACAGCGCUCACAAGGAGGAUUCUCGCGAACGCCAUUAAGGCUUGACUCUGAUUACCGGCAAUCUCGAUAGAUAGAUCGUGUUCUUAGCAUUCUUGAAAGAUUCAUUCGUGAAAAGUUCGUCAUAUUUAUAGAUAAAUUAUAGACAAUUUAAUUUCGAGUACUGAGAUAACGUUCCUUAAGAUCGUUUAGGAGUAUGAAUGAGUCAGAGAGUCGUGGCGACCUUUCGCUAUAAAAUCAAACAAUUUUCUUCGCAAAAAUCAUUUAAAAUGAUUUUUUAUUUAACCAAUCGAUUUUCUUUGCUUCGUGAUCUUUGUGUCACGAUGAUGUUCGAAACAACGCUUGAAACAAUUUGGCACUUGUGCAAUGUCAUUACUAUUAAUUACUAUUAAUCAAAAAUACAUUACUAUUAAUACAAAAAUUAUUAAUUAAAUCAGUAUUGAUUAAAUAUUAUUAUUUAAAGAUUAUAAUUUUAAAAUAUCGCUAUGACUCUCUGACUCAUGUAACAUUACUACACUAACUUGACGUCUUACAUCGAUUUGACAGCGCAAUGUAUCUGCAAUAUUUCUACAACACACGAGAUGUAUAUCUAGAAGAAUUUAGUUGCAUAGAAGUUUGUUGUAUCUAAACGAUUUAUACAGAGAAAUUUAUACGGAAAUUUUAUAUACGAAGUUCUUGACGCAUUUAUACAUCAAUAAGGACGUAAUACCUAGCAAGAAUUGUUUUAGAAAUUUUUUGUAGGAGUUUUUCUAUACAUAUUUCCAUAACGAAUUGAACCGUUGUUGAACGUGCCGACAGGAAUUUAACAUGGCAUUAUUUUUAUUUCACCGAAUAUUUAAUUUUCAGGAGAUUUUCUGUUCAUUGUCAGAAUCUUACCAUACGCGCAUUACAGAUUUUAUUGACAUUCGCACGUUUUUUAAAAAUUUGAGUACUUUCUUGCUACGAGAAACUUUUAAUCUGGCGAAUGUGGCGUUAAUAUCAUUUCUGCAGCAAUUUUACGGGAAUUGUUUUCAAUUCUUCGAGUUUUAUUCAUAGUAGUAAAAA